AACCUGGUAGGCUGAGGUGAUUUUCCGGACACAUCUCAAGUGUCCUUAUAAGAGACAACCAUAUGAAAGUCAUCUAAAACGGAAUUUUUAACGGAAUCACAUGUUAGAGAGUAAAAUGGCAGAAGAUUAUGAACAGUACAGUGCUUCAGAAUUCAUUAAAGACCGGCUGUACUUUUCCACUCUUGGUGUCAAACCAAAGAAUACAGCCAACACACACUACUUCAGCAUGGAUGAGGAGCUCAUAUAUGAGAGUUUCUAUGCAGACUUUGGGCCGCUCAACCUGGCCAUGCUGUACAGAUACUGCUGCAAAGUCAACAUGAAGCUCAAGUCCUUUACAAUGUCAAGAAAGAAACUGGUCCACUAUACCAGUUCUGACCAGAAGAAGAGAGCAAAUGCUGCUCUUCUCAUCGGUGCCUAUGCUGUCAUUUAUUUGAAAAGAAGCCCAGAAGAAGCCUACAGGACCCUGAUCUCAGGAAACAACACAGGCUACCUGCCGUUCAGGGAUGCAGCAGUGGGAGAGUGCUUCUUUAACCUAACUCUCCUUGAUUGCUUCCAAGGAAUACGGAAGGCAUUACAGCAUGGUUUCUUUGACUUUGAAAGGUUUGAUCUGGAGGAAUAUGAACAUUAUGAGCGAGUAGAAAACGGGGAUAUGAACUGGAUCAUUCCAGGAAAAGUUCUGGCAUUCAGCAGUCCUCACCCUCAAAGUAAGAUCGAGAGUGGCUAUCCUCUCCACGCCCCGGAGGCGUAUUUUGAUUACUUUCGGCAAAAUGACGUCACAGCUGUGGUCCGUUUAAACAGGAAGUUGUAUGACAGUAGGCGGUUUGAGCAUGCAGGAUUUGACCACCAUGACCUCUUCUUCCUCGAUGGGACCACGCCCUCUGACCUGAUUGUCAGGCGCUUCCUGCACAUAUGUGAAAGUACUGAAGGAGCUGUGGCUGUGCACUGUAAAGCUGGCCUGGGCCGUACAGGCACUCUGAUUGGCUGCUACCUGAUGAAGCACUUCCGAUUCACUGCAGCUGAGGCCAUUGCAUGGAUCAGAAUUUGCCGGCCUGGUUCCAUCAUCGGCCCCCAGCAAAACUUCUUAGAGGAGAAACAGCACAGUUUGUGGGUCCAGGGUGACGUCCAUCGCUCCAAACAGAAGCUCAUUCAGCAGAGACUGAGUCGACGGCAGCAGCUACAGCAACAUCGUCAACAGCAGCAGCAUCACAGCCCAGGCUCUGAGGGAGGGAAACAGGAAGCUAUGUCCCACCUACUCUCCAGCAUGGACGACUUAUCGAUCAACACCACCCUUUACAAAUCACACAGCUUGGAUGAGAGUGUAGAGGGCGAUCUCACUCAGGGAGACAAACUGAGAGCAAUGAAGGGGAAACGACCACCUAGAUCAACCUCCUCCUCUUCAAGGUUAAACCUGUCCAAGGCCUCUCACUGCUCCAUUCUUCCCCCCCCGAAGGCCCCUAAAGGCCCCAUCUCCUUCCCCUCCUAUUCCUCCUCUUCUAAGAAGCUGGUACGAAGCUCGUCCUCCCUCGCCACGCAGAUCAAGAGUCCUUUCAGCCUCAGUCUGUUCAGCACCAGGCCUGCUGCCAUUCACUGACGUCACAGUUCGAGUCAAAUGAUGAUGAAGACGUAAAGCGGACUACCACCAUGCUGUGGUUGUCUAGGCCUCAAACGUUUUAUCAAGCUUGACAAAUGUUUUAGUUAUUUUUCUAAAAAAGUAACUACAGGGAUAAUCAAGA